GUCCUUUCGCAUGCCUAGAAAUUUGCAGGGUCCCUGACGAUUCUUCCAGAAAAUAGAGAAAGGCAGCAGCCAGAAGGUAAAAGCUUCAAAUUCGUGCUUUGAGAAGAAGAGAUCCGAGUGUGGAAAUGUCGUCGUUUUUGCAAUCAUUUAUUGAUCCAAGGAAGAACUGGUUCGCCAAAAUGCAUAUGAAAGCUCUUUCCAAACGCCUCCGCAAAUAUGGCCUCCGAUACGAUGAUCUCUAUGAUCCUUACUACGAUCUGGACAUCAAGGAGGCGCUUAAUCGGCUCCCAAGAGAGAUUGUGGACGCUCGUCAUCAGCGCCUCAAGCGCGCCAUGGACCUCUCCAUGAAGCACGAGUACCUUCCAGAGGACCUACAGGCAAUGCAAACCCCCUUCAGGAGCUACCUGCAAGAUAUGCUGGCUCUUGUGAAGAAGGAAAGAGCUGAACGCGAGGCUUUGGGAGCUUUGCCUCUCUAUCAGCGCACCAUUCCAUGAGAGCUUCAUAGAGUUACCUUAUAGCUUUGCCUAUGGGAGUUAAUUUCUUGUUGAAAGGUUGCGCAUAUGUGGUAUAAUGUUACCAUAGUUUGGAGGGCGAUAGAUUAUAUCUCUGCUUUAUAAAUUUGUUUUGCCAAUCAUUUGUGCCAGAGUUUGGAUUUGUGGUGGUACAUGUUUAUCGUGUACUGGCAGUUUUCUAAUAAUCUAGCAGAACCAAAUUUGAAGUUUCA